AUGCUAAGGUCAGCUCUGCGGCCCGCGGGCGCUGCUGCUCGGGCCACGCGGCCCGCGCUGCACACGGCAAUGCGGGCGUGCGCCUCUGCGGUCACCAAGGUGACGGGCGGCUCGACGGGCGUCUUUCCGCAGGCGCCGAGCCCUCUGCAGGAGUUUUCGGUCGUCUACACCGACCGUGCGCUCAACCACAUGUCGGAGCCGUUCAAGAAGGUGAUGCUCGACAUGGACGAGCUUCUCUGCGACAUCUACGGCGCCGAUACCGCUGUCAUCAUCCCCGGGUCUGGGACGUACGGCAUGGAGGCGGUCGCGCGGCAGUUUGCGACGGGCAAGAAGGCGAUGGUGCUGCGGAACGGCUACUUCUCUUGGCGAUGGACCGACAUCUUCGACACGGGCGACAUCCCGUCCGAGUCGGUGGUGGUGCAGGCGCGGCCCUGCAACGUCGUCGAGGGCAAGCAGCAGUUUGCCCCGCCGCCGAUCGAGGAGAUGGAGGAGCGGAUCCGCGCCGAGAAGCCGGCCGUCUUCUUCACGCCGCAGGUCGAGACGUCGACGGGGAUCCUGCUGCCGGACGAGUACAUCGCCCGGCUCGCGGCCGCGGUGCACGAGGUGGGCGGCAUCUUUGUGCUCGACGCGAUCGCCUCGGGCACCGUCUGGAUCGACAUGAAGAAGAACGGGAUCGACGCGCUCAUCACCGCGCCGCAAAAGGGCUGGUCGGGCCCGGCGUGUGCUGCGAUCGUGAUGCUGUCGGAGCGCGGCGUCGAGGCGACGCGGGCCACCCCGGGCACCUCGCUCGCAUGCAACCUGGGCAAGUGA